AUGGCAUCAAAUUGUGAACUGGACGGUGAUGAACUGGAAGCAUUUACUUUAAUUUGGCUUGAUGCUGAAAUCUAUGGAUCUGAAAAUAAAAUAGUUCAAAAUGAUCUUCGUCAAUUAAGUGAUGAUUUUAGAACAUUCCACAAUGAUCAUGAUUGUGAAUCAUUCAUCGAAUCUUUAUCGAUCGAUCAACGUGUUGUUUUGAUUACGAGUGGUCGGUUUGGUCGAGAAGUUAUACCACGUAUUCAUGCGAUCGAACAAAUUUAUUCGAUUUAUAUUUAUUGUUUCGAUAAAGAAACAUAUGAGAAAUGGGCAAAAAGUUAUUCAAAAAUUAACGGUGUUAUAACAGAAAAAACAAAACUGAUCGAAAAGAUUCGUCAAAAUAAUAAAAAAGAAAUCUUUCCAAUAAAUAUUGAACCGCUUCAUAUAAACGUUUAUGACAACACUAUCGAUAGUGAAUUCAUUCAUUCACAAUUAUUAAUUGAUUAUUUACUAAAAAUGAAAAUAAAUUCAGCAAUUGAAACACAAAUUUUAUCUUCAUGUAAAACAAAAUGUGAUAAAGAUAAUUUACAAUUAGAAACUCUUGAAAAAUUUCAACAAACUAAUUCAUCAGAAAAUAGUUUCGAUUUCUUAAUGAAAGACAAUGUUCUUUUAAAAUCAUUCGCUGAAGCAUUACAAACAAAAAAUAUCAAUUUACUUUAUCUAUUUCGUUCUUUUCUUCGUUAUAUAAAUCAACAAUUAGAACAGAAUCAAUGUUCAACAUCGAAACAUGUUUAUUUUAGUUAUUUAAUAAAACAUGAAGAAUUCGAACAAUUGAAAAAUUCCAUUGGAAAAUUUAUAUCCAUUAAUACAUUGCUCCUGACAACAUGUGAACGUGAUAGAGCUUUGCGUGCUUUACAGAAAGUAAAUACCUUAGAAAAAAUUCUAUUUGAAAUUUAUGCUGAUCCCUCGAUGAAUGAUAUUAAACCAUUCGCUCAAUUGAAAUCAUUUCAUACUUCAAUAAAUCAAUCGCAAAUAGUUUUUAUGUUUGGAUCAAUAUUUUUUAUAGAAAACUUCGUACAACAAGAUGAUAUUUGGAUCUGUCGAAUGAAUCUAUCAAGUCAAAAACAUCCCGAUUUAAUAAAUACGUUUAAUAAUAUCAAAAAAGAAGAUGGCGAUAGUGAAAUAGAUCUUCUUUCGUUUGCAAAUUUUCUAGCACGUAUAGGUAAAUAUGAUGAUGCAGAAAACUAUUAUCAAUAUUUACUACGUGAAUUACCACUCAAUCACGAAGAUGUUCAUGUUAUUUUUGGUAAUCUAGGAAAUGUUGCUUAUCUUAGAAAAGACUAUGAUAGAAGCCUUGAGUAUCAUUUAAAAUCAAUAGAAACUAAAAAAUGUUUAUUAGAACCUAAUGAUCAACGUAUUGCUGAUAGUUAUAAUUGUCUUGGCAUUGUAUAUUUUAAUCGAAACAAUUACAGACAAGCUAUUGAGUCCUAUGAAGCAGCAUUAAAUAUUUUAAAAUUAAUAACGAAUAAUAAUCAACCGAAAAUUGCUGCUUGUCUUAGUAAUAUCGGUCUUGUUUAUCGAACAGAAAAAAACUACUUAAAAGCCUUGGAUUAUUAUAAAAAUGUGUUAGAAAUUGAAAAAAAAUAUUUAUCCGAAGAUCAUACAGAUCUAGGACAAACAUAUCAUACUAUUGGCGCCCUGUAUUGGUGUUGUGGUUAUUGUGAGGAAGCUUUGGAGUAUUAUAAUUUAUCACUUGAAAAUAAGAAACGUCAUCUUUCAUCUAAACCUAUGUCAUCCAUGGCUAUGACACUAGAAAAUAUUGGCUUAGUUCAUGAAAAUAAAAAUGAUUUUCAAGAAGCUUUGAAAUACUAUGAAGCAGCCGCUCCUAUUUAUCGACAAACUUUAUCAGCAACGCACGCCGAUGUUUUACAAAUUGAAAAUAAUAUUUCACGCGUCUUAUCUCAUUUGGAACAAAUGGAAACCUUUUGA